AUGGCGGACGGUACGCCCACCGGUACGCCCACACUCGAUCAGUUUCUCGCCGAACUCCAGCGCAUCAUUUGUGAACAGAAUGGCGCCCAGUUGCAGGAUUACCUAGUAAUAGAGCCCCCAUACCGACAGCUGUACACUGCAAUGAUUGCGGAGAUAAGGCAGCGCUACCCAAAAGGCAAGGAGGACGAGUUGGAGGGGAAGUGUAGCGCAGCGCUUCCGGAGGCGCGGGAAGGCGCAGACGGUAGUCCAUGGACUGCCUUCAUCAAGUUCAUAACACAGUACUUCGCAUUCAUACGAGAUGUGAACGUCGAAAAUCUCCUAGAGACAUACAACCAACUAAGCGAGCUCGUUCAAAAGUGCAACAGCGCACUCGGUCAUCCAUCUCUUGGUAUCGUCAUCCUGCCAACGGUUAUCGCAUACUCUCGUGUCCUCGCAAGGCUCGCGAUAGGCCUUGACAAGAGACCAGAGCUCAUUGCGCACCUCACCAAGCAAUCCUCCGACGACAGCGGAGUCCGCGAAACCCUUCCCGAACGGGCCGCGAAUAUCCUCCGCCAGGCCUUCGUCACAUGUCUAAACGAUCGAACGGGCACAGCAUCCGGCGUUCGAGACGGCAAGCCGGACGGCAAGAAAGUCGGUAUCUACACGAUCGCGAACCUCUGCCUCAAAAUCCUCUUCCAGUGCCGCAAGACGCGUAACGCCGAGCAGAUCUUCUCCAACAUCUACAACCAGUCCCCGCCGCUCUCAAUCUACCCGCGCCCAGAGCGCAUCACCUACCUCUACUACCUCGGCCGCUUCCUCUUCUCCAACAACCACUUCUACCGCGCACAGCACGCGCUGCAAGCCGCGUACGACCAAUGUCCGCCUCACCGCCUGAAGCAGCGUCGCCUCAUCCUCAUCUACCUCGUCGCAUCCAACAUCAUCCUCGGCCGCUUCCCCUCGGCCGCUCUCUACUCACAGCCCGAAGCCCUCGGCUUCGCGGAGCGCUUCGCCCCCCUCUGCCGCAGCAUCGCGCGCGGCGACCUCGCGACCUUCCGCCGCCUAACCGACCCCAAAAACGAGCACGCGUCCUGGUUCCUGCACUACCGCAUCUUCCUGCAGCUGAAGAACAGAUGCGAGGUGCUAGUCUGGCGGUCUCUGAUCCGCAAGACCUUCGUGCUCGCGGGCCAGCAGGGCGAUGCGCAGGCUCGGAAGGCCCCGACGCUGGAUCUCGGGUACGUGCUGCAGCUGGCGCAGAUGCUGGAGCAGAAGGCGCUGAGUCCGCUGAGCCAGUUGGAUGGCGGGCCGGGCCGGAGACACACGAACUGGAUCUUUAUGGAUAGGGAGCCGCCGGCGAGCGCGCGGUAUGUUGAUCCCGAUUUUGCGGGGACGGAGGAGGGGAGGCCGGAGGUGCUGCUGCCGGAUAUGCUGGAGGUUGAGAGCAUAGUGGCGAGUCUGGUUGACCAGGGGCUUCUGAAUGGGUUCAUCAGCCAUAGGCAGUUGCGGUUUGCGAUCCAGGGCGCGAAGAGGAAGGGCGCGCUGCCGGCAGGGUUUCCGAAUGUGUGGGAGGUUGUUAAGGGCCGGUGUGAUGAGGAGGUGCCUGGUUGGAAGAAGGACCCGCCACGCGGUGCGGUCGGUGCCACUGCUGGGAGAAUUGCGGCGGGAGGCUUUGGGCCGGGUAUGGUGGUCAACCUGAGUGGUGCUAGGCCUGUUGGCGCUGUGCCUUGA